AUGGUUUUUUGGUAUCAGAAUAAAAAAUUUUUUUUUGCCCAGCUAGCAAACAGAUUAACGUUGACAAAAAAACAAUAUUUUUAUUUUUUAUUUUUUUCUAGAUGUAAAAAUUUAAUCAUUUUUUUUUUGAUUAAAUAUAAAUAUAAAAAAUAUUAUUAA